CUUGGCCCCACCCUUCGUCUUAAAGGCACUUCCGUCCCGCUAGGUCCUUCCGCCGUCUGGCGUGCUUUGCGCUUCCGGUUCCGUUUUCUCCUGGCUCUUUUUCUGUCCUCAGUCCGUGGCUGUAGAGGACGCGAGUGGGUGAGGUCGCCAGGAUGUUGGCUUCAAGGGCACUUAGCUUUCUUGGCAAGCGGGCCAUUUCCACUUCAGUCUGUGUGAGAGCCCAUGGACAUGGUGUUGCAAAAACGGAAGAUUUCAGUCUGGCGUCCUAUGUUGACCGUCGGGAUAUUCCUUUGCCUGAAGUUGCUUAUGCAAGAAGUCUGUCUUCUGAGCAGAAGGCCCUGAAGGAAAAAGAGAAGGCAUCAUGGAGUGCUCUUUCUCUUGAUGAGAAGAUUGAAUUGUACCGUAUCAAGUUCUGUGACACUUAUGCUGAAAUGAACAAGGGAUCCAGUGAGUGGAAGACUGUUAUUGGCGGAGCACUCUUCUUGAUUGGCUUUACUGGCUUCAUUGUCAUUUGGCAAAAAUUGUAUGUUUUUGGACCUGUCCCCCACACUUUUUCGGAGGAGUGGGUGGCCAUGCAGACCAAAAGAACCCUGGAUAUGAGGAUGAACCCGAUCGAAGGCUUUGCAGCCAAGUGGGACUACGACAAGAAUGAAUGGAAAAAAUAAAAGCACUCCAAGGUCCUGUUCUGGCUUGAAUUCUGAAAAUAUUCCAUUAUCUCCAUGGGACCUCACUGCUUCUGUGCGUUGUACAAAAGCACUCGGAUAAUCUUAAUAAAUGUCUGGUUUACUUGAAAGGUU